AUGCGACCCGACUUCCUCCCAUCCCCCCUCUCGCGGCUGCAUAUACGGCGCCGCCGACCUCUCGUCCUCUUGGGCGCGGCGGUCCUCGCUGUGCUCCUCCUCUCUCAGGUGCCGACAAUGCUAAGCCUGACCCGACUAGCGGCUAUGCGCAUCUCCGCUCUGUCAAUAAGCACACAUGAGAGCGCACCGCUACCCGUCGUCGUGCCCGGCCUCCUGGCGGCGAGCUGGCAGGGCACGACAGAAGACCCCGCGACGUUCUUGAAACUGCACAUCUUCUCGGAGGACACGCCGGCUGGCCGACUAAGAAGAGACGUGAUCCGGAAAUAUAGCCCAACGGCUUGGGUAAAGCCUGGAACCGUGGAGCUCAAGUUCGUCGUGCCCGGGCACCCCAAUGCGCUGCUCGAGAUCGACGCGAGCGACGGAGACCCGCACGGGGAACCCCACGGACACAACGGAACGAAAGUGGACGACCGGAUAGCGGGUAUUCGGGACGGACGAAGAAGCAGGAAUCGGAAUGAGAUAACGGAAGUGGAACAGCGCGGAGCUGUUGACGCCGAAGCGGACGAGUUCGGCGACGUUCUGCGCGUCCCCGGUCACGACGUAGCCGCGGAGUGGAUAUCGGCCGUGGGCAGGGCGGAGUCCGCACGCUGGGUUGUGAAGGCGGACGACUCGACCCUCCCCCUUCUUCCCAACAUGAUCCGCGAUCUACGGGCACGCGACUGGCGCGUACCGACGUACUUUGGCACCACGACAGGACGUGACCUCGACCGGCCCUUCUUCUACCGCGGCAUGAUGUACGGCUUCUCGUGGCCUGUGGCUGCCACCGUGGCUUCUGCUCGAAUCGCGACGGGCACGGGUGUCGGAGACGCGGAGAGGACAGGACAACUUAUGUGGUCCCUCCCCAGCUCCAAGGGCAUGCCCCGCCUCCUCCUCGGGUACCCCUGUCUGCAGACUGAUGCCUGCCCCGCAUCCUUCCAAGAAGACACGAUGCGACCGGCCCUCUUCGACCGUCUGAGGAAUAUGCCCGACUAUCCUCGACGAGACGACCCGCGUACGGGUCUCAGAUUCGUGAACUACCUUGGCCGCAUUGAGGGUCCUCAACCGUGGAUUCGGAACGACGCACGUACGGCGAUUGCGUACUAUGGUCUUGACGAAGAGGCUUAUGUCGAGAAGUAUCAGCGGCUCGACAAGGCGAUGAGGAGGGCUGGAGGGGUGUGA